GAUACACAAACGUAGUAGCAAAAUAAUGUAUAAUCAUAUUAGUGUGUGCGUGCGAAUUAAGAUCAUAAGCAAUUUCUUGUAAUUAUUUAAAUGAGAAAAAUCAAGAAUUACAUGCUUUUAAAUAUGAGAAUGUAUAAGCGAGUAUGCGUGCGUGUAACCGAUUUGCUUAUUCACUAAAACGCAUUGUUUAAUGAUAUAUAUGUGUGUGCGAUACUUACAGAUUCCUGUGGCCAUUACAUAUAUAUAUAUGUGACAAAUUUUCGCUUCGCGGUUUCGUAGUGUAAAAAAACAUUGCAAAACUACGUCAAGUCAAUUAGGGUCGCGCGUUAUGCUAUUGCUGCGGUCAAAUGCGAUCAUUUCAAUAAAUGUCAAUAAAUAAGAAGAUCAAAAAUAUAUUUAAGAAAAUUAAUGUGAAGAAUUUUUAAAGUUGAAAAUCAAUUGUAUCGAAAUCAAUGAUAUAUGAUGAUGGCUGGCAUCGUAAUAAUCUUUUAAUUGAACACUAAACAUAUAUUUCUAGUUUUUAAAGCAAUGAAGUUUUUUAUUUAAUUUUCGUUGUUGUUGCUGCUGCUGCUGCUGCCGUUGCUGUUUGUUUUUAUUGUGAUAAAAAUAUCUUUAAAAUUGUGUAUGAGAAAAGUAAAAAAAAAAAAAAGAAAAUACAUGAAAGACGCGCGAACAGACGGCAGAAAAUCGAAAUGUCUGCUCAGUCACAAGUUCAAUGUCUGCUAGUUGGCAGCACUAUUAUCAGUUUACUAACACUAGCAAACACCUUCUGCUAUGCUCCACAGCCACAAAUUGUCAUAAGAGCACCCCAACUAAAAUUUUUCAAACCACAAAUGCGAAGCUCCUAUUUUGGAUAUAAUAUCGUUAUGCGACCAACGAGCAUUAUUGUUGGCGCUCCUCGUGCCCAAUCAACCUUGCCGUUACAACGGUAUAUUAAUGAAACUGGUGCCAUAUACAGAUGUUAUUUAUCUGAUCACACAUGCAGUCCGUACGUGUUCGAUGAUCAAGGCAAUCGUAAUAUUGAAUACAGUGAAUACACAUACGAUUCCGAGAAGCGCGACUUUCAAUGGUUAGGUGCAGCCAUGGAUGGCGGCGUGAAAGACACCGAUAAAUUGUUAGUUUGUGCUCCCAGAUUUGUAGCACCCGCUCCCAAUGAUUAUCUUAUGCAUGGCCUAUGUUAUUGGAUCAAUGACACAUUAACCGAUAGUCCGACGAACGUUCGUAAAAUAUCGCCCUUACGCUUAAAACAGGAUCAAAUUAAAGAAGAGAAAGGGCAACGAGUAUAUUAUUAUAUGUUGGCUGAACAAGGUCUAAGUGCUCAUAUAACACCUAACAAUGAAGAAUUCUUAAUUGGUGCGCCCGGUAUUCAUACGUGGAAAGGCUCCGUAAUACGUUACCGUAAGCGAACCGUCAAUGAUGAUCCAUCAUUAAGUCGCCGCGAUACAGAGAAAGCUGCUCGUCGUCGAGUAUCGCGUCAGUCUGAGGGCGAGUUACCUCAGGCAUAUUAUGAAUCCGAUAUACCCAAUCCGGAGAAAUUCGAACAACCUAACGAUUCCUAUUUUGGUUACUCAGUAAGUUCGGGUUAUUUUGAUAGCAACGAUAAAGAAAAACUCUUGUACGUAGCUACAGCGCCUCAAGCUAACGAGCAAUCAGGGGAGGCGUAUAUUUUUGAUUUAGCUAGUGGUGGAACUAUAAGCAAAAGCUAUGUGUUUCGAGGUAAACAAUUUGGUGAGUAUUUCGGUUAUGCAGUUUUGGCAGAAGACUUGAAUAAUGAUGGCCUAACGGAUGUUAUUAUUUCGGCACCUCAGUACAGCGUGACGGGUUCAUUUGACGAGGGCGCCAUAUAUGUUUUUCUAAAUCAAGGCAGAUUUAAUUUCGAACGCAAACUCUUGGUGUCACCGAUACGGGGCAAAGUACGCUUUGGAACAACUUUAACACGACUGGGCGAUAUCAAUCAUGACGGCUAUAAUGAUAUUGCCGUCGGAGCUCCAUUCGCUGGAAAUGGCUCCGUAUUUAUAUAUUUGGGCAGCGAACGAGGCUUGCGGGAACAAACGAGUCAACGUUUAAAAUCGCCAUUACGCUCAGAGUCAAUUUAUGGAUUGCAUAUGUUCGGCCAUGGCUUAUCAAAAGGCUCAGAUAUUGACAAUAACGGCUUUAAUGAUUUAGCGAUAGGUGCUCCAAAUGCUGAAACGGUCUUCCUUUAUCGUGCAUACCCAGUAGUCCAAAUUCAUGCCACUAUCAAUUCGCAGACACGUGAAAUUAAACCAGAACAGACUAGUUUUCCAGUGACAAUAUGUUACGGUAUCUCUACAACAUCUUCUAGAAUCGUAUCCCAGGAUUUAGCGUUACGCGUUGCUGUCGACCCUCAGGUGAAACGUGUAAAACUUGUGUCCACCGGCACCAAUGAGCUGACAUUCAACGCUUCGGCUGGUUUACAAAUGCAGUGUCGCGUUUUGGAAUGCGAUGUACGGUUUAGCGUGGCUGAUAUUUUUAAACCGAUAGAACUAGAAAUUCAUUAUGAGCUUAUUAAUGGCAUACCGGAUUCGGAAGUAUUUUGUGAGAUAUGUGCUGCUGUGGAUCCAGCAGAACCUAAGCUUUAUAGACAGAAAAUUAUCUUUAGUACAGGUUGUGCUUCCGAAAUUUGCAUCGCCGAUUUGCAAGUAAUGAGUACAGGGCUUGAUCAUACAUAUAUCUUGGGUAGCAGCCGAACGUUUACUGUUACAUACGAGAUUGUUAACAAGGGCGAAACGGCUUACUUACCUCAAAUCAAUAUUACGUCUUCCAAUCGUAUGCCAUUCGCGAAAGUACCUUCAAAUUGUAAAGCUUCCACCGAUGCGGUAAUGUUAUGCGAUCUUAAUCGCGGCCAACCGAUGGCCAAAGGAGCGAAAGAUAGUCUUAAAGUGAUUUAUGAUGUCACCGGCAUUUCCGGUAACGCUUUAAUUUUGACAGCAGAAGUGUUCAGCACUGGCAAAGAACUUGCCAGUAGCGACAAUAUCGUUCGAGAGGUUAUAACUCUAACUGAAUUCACUGAAAUUGACGCAAUUGGAGCACCUAAAACACCACACAUUAAUUUAGAGAAGAUUACCGACACUGCUGAAGUUAUUAAUAUUUACGAGAUCAAAAGCAAUGGACCCAGUAAUGUUGGAGCAAUGGAAUUGAAGUUUGAUAUACCCGUUGCAUACAGAAUACUAGGGGCUACCGCAACUAUACCCAUCAUCGAUAUGAGCAAUAUUACUAUGCAAGCUACUUACGAUUCACAACUGGUGGGCAUCGAUUUUUAUCAAAACACUACCCAGAUCCUUAUGAAUAGCAUCGAAACAAUUUCAAGAGGCCAUCUUGCUGCUUCUGCUAGCGAUUUCAAUAUACUAGACCGUGGUGUGGAUUUUGACUCGAUGAAAAUGGAUGAUAACAAGGAUGGCACCUUAGAUGACUUAAUUUUGGCUGCCUCCUUAACCAGUCGGCGGCAAAGACGUGAAGUGACUGCUUAUACCGCAAGUAAAGAGCAAUAUGCUCGUAUUGCUCAAUUCAAGGCGUAUGACAUGCUGAGUGACGACUUAAAAGGAACGCUGCCCGUUAAUCGUACCAUCAUUUUUAAUUGCAAUGAUUCUGAAACAACUAUUUGUGUGCGGGCAGUGAUGCAUGUUUAUGAUUUUAAGCCCGAUAAACCGCUCACCGUUAUCAUGAAAUACAAUGUCGAUCUCAAUGAAGUCAAUCAAAUUUUAAUUGAACCUUGGGAAUUUUUCGUUAUACUCAUUGGAUUGGAUGUAACGAAAUCAAAUGAUCCAUUGGGCAAAACAUUGGCUAUUAAUAAGAAAAUUGAAUUCAAUAUCAUUUCAAAGCAUCAACUCUAUGUUACACCAAUUUGGGUAAUUGUAUUAGCCGUUCUUGGAGGUUUGCUGGCAUUGGCGUUGAUUACCUAUGGCAUGUAUCGGGCUGGCUUUUUUAAACGUGCCACCAAAGAGGAAAUGGAUAAAUUGGUACAUCAAGCUCAAGUGUCAGGCGAUGGUGUUAACGAGACAUCCACUUUAAAUGCCGAGAGUAAUUGAACUGCAUUUACUUACCUAUUGUGACAAAUGUUAUGUAAUGCAUUUUAUAAGCGUGCCUCUAAUUGCUGUGAAUAGACCUCCUGCCGUUGUUUUUAUGAUAAAAGCAACUCUAUUAAUAUUAAUAGUAGUAAUAAUAAUAAUAAUAAUAAUUAUAAUAACAAUAAAAAUUAUUUUUACUCCAUGUUAACAUAGUAUAUGGCAAUGUCUGCAUGCAAGCACGUAGAUAGCUAUGAGUCAUUUUGUAAUUUGAUGUUUCUUUUUUUUUUUUUUUUUUUUUUUUUUUUUUUGCAGAUUUACUUAUCUACAUAUAUGCAAAAAAGCAAUAAUGAUACCAAAUGUUACUAUUAUUUUUUUUUUUAUUAUUGAAAUAUUAUUUUAAUUAGACAUUAAUG